AUGGCCGUCGUGAGAUCUAUUGUCAUGGUUUUAGCUCUAGCUUUUGUGGCGUGCAGUGUGUGUGUGUGUGCAGAGAGCAGGCAGCUGGGGGAGAAGAAUCAGGCCAGCGACGAGUUGAAGAAGCCGAAGUGGUUCUUCGACGAUAAUGAUGGUCGGAUCGAUAGAGCAGCCAGUGGUUACGGAGGAAGGACAGGGUUUAGCUAUGGACCCUCUUUUAGCUUCGGAAAAGGAGUGGGUUUCAGUUCUAGUUCUGGGACGCUUGGCGUUCAUGGUCUUCAGAAGCCUGAUUGUGUUGGGAAGGGCGGUGGAGGUGGUACAAAGAAACACCGCAAAAGGGAAAAGAAUCAUCACCACGGGGGAGGUGGCGGAGGCGGUGGAGGUGGUGGCAUUGGCGGGGGUGGUGGUGCAGGAGAAGGUGUAGGGGGUGGAAUUGGAAAAGGAAGUGGUGGAGGCACUGGAGGGGGUGGAGGUGGCGCUGGAGGAGUUGGUGGUGGUGGAGGCGCUGGAGGUGCCUCUGGAGGAGGUGGUGGAUUCGGUGGCGGUGGAGGAGGAAUUGGUGGAGGGAUUGGAAAAGGAGGUGGUGGAGGAAUUGGCGGUGGAGUCGGAGGUGGCAUUGGUGGUGGCAUCGGUGGUGGUGGAGGUGUUGGAGGAGGGGGAGGCAUUGGCGGCGGAGGCGGCGGUGGAGGCGGUGGUGGUGGUGGGAUUGGGAAAGGCAGUGGUGUCGGUGGCGGGAUUGGUGGUGGUGGAAGCAUUGGAGGUGGCAUUGGUGGUGGAGGCGGUGCUGGUGGAGGAGUUGGUGGUGGAACUGGUGGGGGAUUUGGAGGCGGCAUAGGCGGCGGUGGAUGGAUAGGAGGCGGAAUCGGUGGGGGAGGAGGUGGCGGCGAUGGAGGUAUCGGUGGGGGUGUAGGAGGUAGGGUUGAUGCUGGAGUUGGCAUUGGCGGCGGCGGCAGAGGAGGUGGUGGAGGCGGUGGUAGAGGAGGCAUCGGCGGUGGAGCCGGUUCUGGUGGUGGGAUCGGCAAAUUUGGUGACUCCGUUCAGCUCGCGGAAAAUCCAUGA